CUUCGUGCGCGUAAACGCGCAUGUGGAGACUCGUGCGCGUAAACGCGCAUGUGGAGACCCGUGCGCACCCCUGGCUUUGCCCCCUGACUUGCCUUUUACGGGCUAAUCCGACUCCCGGGGUGACGUAAGCGCGGCGGCCAUUUUGUUCUAGCGAGGGGUUAUACCCGCCUUGCGGAGAGAUGGAUCUUCGGGGUGCUGAGGUUUCUCGCACUUUUUCUUCUUCUUUUUUUUUUGUUUUUAUGAAAACUUACGGAAUCGCGGAACAUGUAUAUACCAGCGGAGGAACUUGCUUUCGAUGUUGAAACUUAUCGGUCAUCGGUUAGCUCGUGGUUAGGAUUUAACGUCGAAUUUAUUACCGCGCCUCUGAUUUAUCAUUCUCGUAAGAUUCUUCCAGGCCUUGUUUAAUGGAUUAUUAAAGGCGAGGCGCUUUAUCGGCCGAACAUUGUACGCAUUCCCGCCGAUAAGUACCGGUAUAUGUUAUGAGGCUGCGAGACAAAUACGAUGCAUUUCUAUAUAUUCUCGUUGAUGGCUCGUGGUUGUACGAGAUGCAGCUGUCGAUAUUGGCAAUUGUCGUCAAUGGGAUGCGGAAUCCUUGUACUCCCAAGACGGCCAAAGCUCGGCAGUGGUGGACGCUCGUUGGUGGCUGGGAGAAUCGGGCACAAUUGAAACGAGGUUAUAUCGGAAUUAAAAGAAAGAAAAAAGAAGAAAAAAAAAUGCAAAAGGAAAGGAGCGUUCGGUCAUUGAUGGUUCUUUUCGUACGUCACUCCGUAUCUUUAGAACUAUUCGAUAGAUGUACUUUUCCGCGCAUAAAUCCCUCGGCAUUGGAGCUGGGGGAUUUCUAGAGUUCCGAAUAAUCAACGAUUCUCGUCCGAAUCGUCGUUUAUCAUUUCGUGACAUGCACAUCUACCCGUCCCUUCCUCGCUAACCGUGAUUAGCUGGCACGAUUUCGGACUGGAAGCAAUCAGCCAAUCGCGGCCGUUCGGGAAAAGGCCGAAGAGGUCGGAAUACGUUACCUUUCCCUUUAUUCCCGGAACCCGGGUUCCAACAAUACCCUUUAUCCAUGGGGACGCGCAAUCUAUGCUCCUCCACUUUUAUGCUUCUUUCCCAUCGCCAUUGAGAAAGUGUAGUUAGACAAGGACAUCUGACAUUGAGCGUACCCACUUUGGUCCGGCUCGCAUCGGUCCCUUUCCAAUCGCGACGGUUUUCGAGGCGAGCUUUUCAUUGUUUGCAAUUCGCAAGGUUCGUUUCCACAUUCCGUUGACGUCACCCGAGAGCAUCGGGAGCGAGAUAGCCAUCUCCGCCCCGAGACGGCGUAAUUAAUCACAUGGCCGAGCGAGUUCGCAUCCACCGCGUCCCGCGGGAGGCCACGCGAUUGGUCGACCGCUGCGCCAUCCGCGGAAAUGAUUGGUUGGUCGAUGCGCCACAGGCGGCGCUGAUUGGUUGGCCGCUACGGCAUCAGCGACGCUGAUUGGCCAGGGAAAAUGCCCAUAAUAGGUGGAUCCUAUCGCUGCGGCUAACGUCGAAAAGCAGCUAUCAGCUUGAGCGUCGAGCGGGAUAGCGCAGUGACGCGUCAUUCUAGGUGUUUUUUUUUUUUUACACAAAAUACGUAAGGGAAGUAUUUAACAUAAAAUCCAAGUAAAAUACCUAAUAAAAAAAAAAGAGAAAGGAAUAAAGAAUAAUAGCAAAUAGGAGCAAAUUUUUAAUUUUAAGCAUGUCAGAAAUAGGAACUUCAGAAACAAAGACCCAUAUUCAUGUAAUUAACGUCACGAAUGAAAUUUGUUAAGUAAAAUAUCUAGUAAUUUACUGUAAAAAAAAAACUACAUCAAUUAUCUACGGUAUUUGAGUUGUCCAAUCUCGACGUUGAAUAGCCGGAGGAAUGGACGCGGCGCGUAGACGCGUCGAAGACAAGGAACCAAUCAGAAUUGUGCCGGAAGUGACGCACGAGGUUAAGCAUAAUUCCGAUUGGUUGUUUAUCCUUGAGGCGUUGGCGCGCCGUGCUCUGUGCGACACCCGACGCGUCUUGCGGGACUCCGAUCUAACCGCGUUCCCUUGUCGGUUCUCGGACGCGCGCAGAUAGGAGAGGCCCUGUCGGGUAGAACGAUACGACGUGCCGAUUUCUUCACGAGCUCGCGAUAGCAACCAUGCCGCCAUGAAUGAAGGGCUCGCUGCCACGAUAAUCGACGGGGUCCAUAACGAGCGAAAAUCAUGUUGAGAGUCAAGUUCCUUUGAUUACGAGAUCAUAUUGCGUUCCUAAUUGCAUUCCGAAUACAGUAUCUAGACGCUGGUUAAUCGUUUCGCACGUAAACGUCGGUUAUUUAAAAAAUGACAGGGGGACUUUGGUAAACACCAGGUUCGAGGAAACUGGAGGAACACGUAUGCUCGGGGUAUCUCGGUAUUCUUAUUACGAGAUUAUGAAUUCUAAACUGCGCUUUUUCCUCUAAGGUCAUUUAUUGUCCUGACUCUUCCUACUCACGAUGAUUUAGCUGAAUCGGCAAGUCGGGUCGGGCAUAUCGCACAUUAUCGGCCCGAUAUUUACGUCGGGCCGUGUACGUAGCCAAUCACUGGCGUGUUUUCCGGAGGGUUCGUAAAAAACGCACAUGCGUGCGUAAUGAGGCGACUAGGUGUAAGCGAUGAAGCAAUCGGAGUCACGGAUGUAGGAAGGCAGGAGGGUUCACGGCUCUGACCUGUUUCAACGUCUUAUCGAGUCCCGGAGCGGGCAAAGUGCGUUAGCGAGGAGAGGCGAAUUGCCGCGCAAGGAGGAACUCCUCGUUUCCGCUGUACCUUUGUCCGAUUUCUGGCGAGAAAGGCGAAGAAAAGGGGCGGCACUGACGGCGGCCAUUUUGGUCCCGCUUCUUGGGUCGUCAAAGAUGGCGCGCGAGUCGCGAGGCACGACCGUUACGGUCACCGAAAGAGCGGAAUGGAGACGAUCACCUUCGGCUUCGGCGGGACGGCGCAUACGGCGUAAACAACGCGAUCGGUCAAUUCCAUGAUUUAUUUCGACACACGCGACCCGGAGUAAAGCUCUCGCGCGUAUAAAACGUUUAGUUAAAGGAAAAAAUGAAGAACACACGUAAAGUCCUGUUUACCGUUUUGUGACAUAUAGUAGAGACGCGAUAACGCCUUCGCCUCACGGUAAGGGGCAUCUCGCCGAGGAGCCGCGCGAACUUUUUGCCAUUCAUAAUUCCACGAGAGAUGGACUUCGGAACGCCCGUUGCUCGGCUUUAUCUCGCUUGUUCUUCGCUCGAUUUCGCUGAAAUUUAAUCGAUUUCGAGAGGCAUUUAGGGAGGGACGGUCUCAUGGGAGAGGGCUCCUCGUCGAGGCUUUAUCACCGUGCCUACCUGAGUCCACCGGCGGCCAUCUUGGAUAAUGGGUGCAGCGAGGACGAGACAGGUGCGGACUCGGAGGCGGGCGGCGGAACGGGCGGAACGGGCGGAACCGGUGGAACCGGCGGCGGGGGCGGUGGUGGGGCCGAAGGGGCAUCGGCUAAGCAGCCCGAGAGGUGCCCCCAAUGCGGUAUCCUCUGUCGAAACUUACACGUCCUGCAGCUCCAUCUGGAAGACACCCACAAGACGUCCUAUAGCAUCGACAAGAACGACCUGACGGCUCAGUUCUCCCAAGUUUCGUGCAAAGUCUGCAGCAAAACAUUCGCCAACGUGUACCGACUACAGAGACACAUGAUCAGCCACGACGAGAGCGCCGUGCUGCGAAAAUUCAAAUGUCCGCACUGCGCGAGGGCCUUCAAGUUCAAACAUCAUCUGAAGGAACACCUCCGCAUUCACAGCGGGGAGAAACCAUUUCAAUGCUCCAACUGCGGCAAGAGGUUUUCUCACUCGGGCUCCUAUUCGAGUCACAAUACGUCAAAGAAGUGUUUGAUAGUCAACCUGAAGAAGUCCAGGCAGGCCUCCAUCGGCAGCGUGGACAGGGGCCCGAAAAAGUCGCAACAACCUCUGCAGGCCCAUCGAGAUGUCGAUUUGCUCGCGGCGAACAACAACACCUUCCUACCGAUCUUGCCGAAACUCUCGCCGACCGAUUAUCACGACAUCCAACGAGACGGUGCAGGCAGCUACGACAUGCAGAACAUCCUACCCCAGGUGCUAGGGUUCGGGAAUUACUUCCUCCAGUUCUCCUUGGGCAAAAUCCUGAACCAGUUGCACUCGAAGAGGCUGGACGAGGUAGCCGAACAGUUCGAGUCGCACCACGAGACGAUGAGUCCGUCUACGGCUGACUCCGAGGGCACGGAAGGUACCGAAGGAAAGGAUUCUCCUGCACCGCCGGAUCCACAGGGUUUGGAUGCCGUUCGGAGGAUUCUCGAGACCGUCAAUACUUCCGUCACCAAGCAAUUACUGGAAGCCAACGUGAGAAAGCUGGCUUCCUCGCCGGCGACCAUCAAGCGAGAAAUAGACGAGGAUUACCAGGAUCAGGACAGCGAGAUGUCCAGCGAGGUGACGACGCAUUGUCCCGAUUGGCCCGCGGCCGAUCAGUACGACUCUCAGAGCGAAGGCUUGGCAGCAAAGCUUGAAGAAGUGAACCAAAUGCCGGCGGCGAGGGUAGGCUACAAGAGGAAAGCGCAGGCCGAGCCUGUGGUCGACAGCUCCGAUAUGGAUACGGAGUAUGAGGACGAAAUCAGCCAACCUCAGGGAGAAAGUGGUCGCAGAGUAAGAGCCAGGUCUUUGAUAGACGACGAACAGUUGGCCGUCCUCAGGGGCUACUACGCCAUUAAUCCUCGGCCCAAGAAGGAGGAAAUUACUAUGAUCGCCAAUUAUAUUAAUUUCUCCACCCGAGUCGUUCAGGUUUGGUUUCAAAACUCACGAGCAAGAGAUCGCAGAGAGUCAAAGGUACCGGCUCUGGUGCCGAUACAGACUACCACUGAGCAACCCCUAGAUCUGUCGAAAAAGGAGGUCCACCCCAAUUUGGUAGCGAAGGAUAGCGACACUUCCAGCAGAAACACGUCGUCUCCUUACGGAUCGAAGGACGACAACCCUGCCCCCCCUAAUCUCGAUACGGACGACCCCGAAGAUUCGCCGCUCGUCAUCGAUGAGGAGACCGUCGAUUCCGCAGAAGUGAAGUCGGUACCAUUUGCCUGUACCGAGAUCAGUUCAAAGAGUCAAGGUCAAGCACAAACGAAAAACGAGAGUGACGUCCUGGCGCAAGCGGACGUCCCUGCGGCAGAGACCGAGCAGGAAGGCCUCUACUUCUGCGGCCAGUGCGACAAAACGUUUUCGAAGCACAGCUCGCUCGCGAGACACAAGUACGAACAUUCCGGGCAAAGGCCGUACAAGUGCGAGGAGUGCCCGAGGGCGUUCAAGCACAAGCAUCACCUGACCGAACACAAGCGGCUCCACACUGGCGAAAAGCCUUUCCAGUGUUCCAAGUGCCUCAAGCGCUUCUCUCACUCCGGCUCCUACAGCCAGCACAUGAACCACCGUUACUCCUAUUGCAAACCCUACAGAGAAUAGGAGCGCCACCCUCGUUCGCCCAUGGCCCUUAAGCUUAGCUAAGUAUCCAAGGACCUUCUCGUUCAGAAACGUCGUGUAGCAUUUAAUAAGGCCGCUCGCUCAUCAUCUGCGCAUCGCAAUUGAUGUAGACGACGGUCAGGCCGGAAGAGAUUUCUUCGGAAAUUUUCGCGCCUCGACGAACCUCGACCGAACCAGAAAGCAGUCGUCGAGAUUGGGAGAGACUCAUAGGUAUAUGUGCAGUUUCGAAAAUUAAACCUUGAACACUGUCCAUUAUUUCCUUGCCCAUGUAGAUAUUUGCAACUGGUUCAGCACUGGAUUUGUAUCCUCGGAGAUAUUUGGGCUUAGUAAUGCGUAGAAUAGUUCAAGCGAAGAUGAAACUUUCUUUGAUCUAGGUUACCUCAAUUAGAUUAAAUGUUACCUAGGAUUUCUUUCAUCUUGAACGGUGGAUACAAUGGUCAGGGUUUCUUUUUUUUUUUAAGCAUUUUCUCACUAGCAAGGAGAUUCUCCAUUUAGCGGCGGUAUCGUUUACAGAUAGCGAACAGCCACCCCGACUGCCAAGUUUUACUUAUUGACCCAAUUCUUAUAAUUUGCCCCUAGGUUGGCCAAAUCACUUACGAACAAGUGACUCCUAGACUAGAAAUGUAAUAAGUUUGAGUACACGAAUUCAGUUGCCAAGAGUGGUCCAACCAUUAACCAAUUGUACGUAUUAAGCGAACCUUGAAAUUUAACAUGGGCGGGGAACGGACAAGUUGUAAUAUCCCAGGAAUUUAUUCCUAGGGAAAAUUCAAUGGUACUAAAAUUCUCAUAAAUUCGGGCACCACGUUAGGGAGGGAAGACGAUCUCGCACAGUUUCGUAGAAAUACUUAGGGCUAAUGAAUGUUAUGAACCUUUUGUCUCUCUCAAUCUUGCUCCCUUUCUCUCCCUCUCACAGCCAAAUACACAAAAAUAACCAAACAACACGUAACGGUACCAAAAAUGCAUAAUGCAAUAAUC